AUGUUUACGUUCAGCUUAACGCUUAUACGACAUGGGGAGACACAAUACAACAGAGAAAAGCUGCUGCAAGGUCAGGGAGUGGACACACUCCUGUCGGAGACAGGUGUGCAGCAGGGAGAAGCUGUUGGACAGUACCUCAAGGACAUCAUUUUCAGCAAAGUCUAUGUCAGUAAUCUACAGAGGGCUGUGCAGACAGCUGAAAUAAUUCUGAGGACCAACACUCACUGCUCUGGCAUGGAUAUGAUUUUGGAGCCAUUACUCAGAGAACGGGGUUUUGGCAUUGCUGAAGGGCGCCACAAAGAGGAUCUGAAGAACAUGGCCAAUGCUGCUGGUCAGUCAUGCCGUGACUACACACCACCUGGAGGAGAGACGCUAGACCAGGUGAAGCUGAGGUUCAAAACUUUUCUCAAAGUCCUUUUCAAACAAAUGCUGGCUGAGCACUGCUCAUCAGGACCCGUGGCCUCUUCGGCAGAGCCGGCGGCCGGCGCGGCGGCGGCGGCAGAAGGGGCCCCGGGCUGCUCGGCCACUGACGGCCUUCAGGGCGUGCCGCUCCACGCUCUCGUGGUGAGCCACGGUGCCUACAUUCGGGUGGCCAUCCGGCACCUGGUGGAAGACUUAAAGUGUGCCCUGCCUGCCGGAAUCAAGAUGUCCCAGCUGUUCUCACCCUGCCCCAACACGGGCAUCAGCCGCUUUAUUCUCACCCUGAGCCGGUCCGAGUCGGGGCCGGUGCUCUCUGCUGCUCGCUGUGUUUUCACCAACAGAAAAGACCAUUUAGAAAACGUCACAGCUGUGGAGUAA